AAUCCUGGUCGGAAAUGCAAAAGAUAAGACUGGCCAAGGUGGAACGUAUGUUUCUUUGUCUGUGGCUUGUUUUUCCUCGGUUUCAGUCACUUAACUAAACCUUAGUCUCGACGACGUGUUUAGCAUUAGCCACAUUACGGACUCAAACAUCAGUUUUCGAGUCUUACCACUCGUUGAAGUUUUGCGAUCUACAUUAGCCUAGCCUAGCCUAGCUGACCAACUGCUAACAAAGCUGCAAAGCACGUUGUCAAUCGUUCAGAAAUCAAGUCAGGAAAAUGUCAUCGAGAACGACACCGGCUGCAGUAAAGUUCCAGGAGGAACUUUGUGGAGUAAAAGAGGAGCCCCCACAUCAGCAACCCUCGACUGUGUGCGAAAUAAUGCACGUAAAGGUUGUUCUUCACAGACUAGAAGAUCUAUAUGUUAGCCAAGCCCAUCGUCUUGAGCACCAGGAGUCUGCAUGCAUCAAGGGGGAGGAGGAAGAAUCUCCAUACAUCAAGGAGGAAGAGUCUGUUCACAUUCAAGGUUUCAGAAAAUAUAUUGGUGCUGAGACAGAAUCUCCUGGCGUUAACGAGUAUGUUGAGCUCCCCCAAAUCAAAGAGGAGGAGGAGCCAGAGCCCUGUCAACAGAGGCAACUUCCAAUCAAAAAGGAGGAGGAGGAGCUGCCAUAUGGUAAAGAGGAGGUAGAGGAGGAGCAUAUCACCAGGUUGACUCGUGAGCCCUUGAAGAGUGAAGAUGGUCCGAGUGAGGCCGGCAGAGGGGCGAAGCCUCCAAGCAAGGGGAGUAGCAGCAGCUCAACAGAAGGAUUGCAAGCAGACAUUGACAUUGCUUCAUCAGACAGAGAUGGCGCCACGUCACACUCACCUUACAAUGAUGAUGGUCAUAAGACAUCUCACGGUGACGACAAACUUUGCAAAUGCUCUCAGUGUGGGAAAACCCUUGCUACUAAGCAAAGUUGUCGAGGACAUAUGAGGAUCCAUACUGGUGAAAAACCUUAUGUCUGCUCAGUUUGUGGAAAGAGUUUUGUUCAUUCGGGAGACUUAAGAAAACACACAAGAAUCCACACCGGCGAAAAACCUUUUUCCUGCUCAGUUUGUGAUCAAAGAUUUGGUUGGAAGCAAUACUUAAAACGACACACAAGAACCCACACUGGCGAAAAACCUUUUUCCUGCUCGAUAUGUGAUCAAAGAUUUGCUCGGAAGCAACUCUUAAAACAACAUACAAGAACCCACACUGGCGAAAAACCUUUUUCCUGCUCAGUUUGUGGUCAAAGAUUCACUCAAAAAAAUAGCUUGAAAAUACACACAAGAAUCCACACUGGAGAAAAACCUUUUCUCUGCUCAGUUUGUGAUCAAAGAUUUGCUCGAAAGCAACUUUUAAAACAACACACAAUAACCCACACUGGCGAAAAACCGUUUUCCUGCUCAGUUUGUAGUCAAAGAUUUGCUCGGAAGCAACUCUUAAAACAACAUACAAGAACCCACACUGGCGAAAAACCUUUUUCCUGCUCAGUUUGUGGUCAAAGAUUCACUAGAAAAAAUAGCUUGAAAAUACACACAAGAAUUCACACUGGAGAAAAACCUUUUCCCUGCUCAGUAUGUGGUCAAAGAUUCACUCAGCAGCAACACUUAAAAGAACAUACAAAAACACACACUGGCGAAAAACCUUUUUCCUGCUCCGUUUGUGGUCAAGGAUUUGCUCGUAUAGAAACCUUAAAAAAACACAAAAGAACACACACUGGCGAAAAACCUUUUUCCUGCUCAGUUUGUGAUCAAAGAUUUGCUCAGAAGCAAACCUUAAAACAACACACAAGAAGCCACACUGGUGAAAAACCUUUUUUCCUAUAGACCCUACUCACCAACGUCACACAAUGACGUGUCGCUGUAUCCGGCCGCCAUAUUGUCCGUCAUUGUUUAUCCGUAUUCUCAAUGGUUUCAAUUUGUCGUGCAAUUUAUAGUGCAAUUCAUGGAAGCCCCGGUGCUUUCAGACGCUGUAAACUCAUUGGAUGCGUUGCAUAAAAGGCGUUAUGCGGAAAAGCUUCAGUCUAUCCAUUCGCCAGAUCCAUAUUACAUGCCUAAAUCGAUAUUUUUCGACCCGCUGUGUUCGCCCUUUCUGCCUGACAUCUGCUACCCUGAUAUCUACAACUAUCUUGUCCACACUAAAUCAGCCUAUUCUCACGAAAGUUUGAAAAAAUUUAAGAGCAGCACUCUAAGCAACAUUACCCCGUGUUACCCUUCCAAUUUUCUAAAAUGGCGACGAUCAAAAAAAAAAAAGUUGACUGUGAUGGCCGACGCUUCAAGGAUAGGUGGAUAUUGGACUAUUUCUUCAAUAAAACACGCAACAACGGUGUCUGCCUCAUUUGCAAAGAGACAGUCGCUGUUUUCAAAGAGUUCGAUGUGACGCGACAAUGAUAUUACCGAACAAGACGCGCUGACAUGUACAACAUUACAGGGAAGAUACGCAGCGAGAAAUUAUAGCUACUUGAAGCACAGCAGCAGUAUUUUGCAAGAGCCCGAGUGUCGAAAGAGAACGCCACAAAGAGGAGACUGUUGAAAUCAUGAAUUAAAAAAAACAAAUGUGACACACAGAAGGGCUUGCUAAAAUUUGUUUAAAUAUAUUGGUCUAUGUAAAUCAGCCAAGGUAGCCCCCUGCAUUUUUACCACACAAAAUAUGGCCCCCUUUGCAAAAGGUUUGGACACACUUGUUUAACUGAUGAUCCGUAGACGUGGCCAGCUUCUUUCACUUGGUACCAGCUAAAUAUUAUUCAAAAUGUAAUGAUGAUGGAGCAAAUAAGCAUCUUGAAUUUGAAACUGUAUGUUGUCGGCGAUUAGCCUCGCAAUGAUCUUAAUUGUGGUUGUCAGCCCAAAACCCUCUAAAUAUAUAUUAAAUGCAUCUUACCAGAUAUAAAAUGACUACUACAUAAUCUGUGGUAAUCGUUGUUUUGAAACAAUUCUGAUACUGCUUAUGAUCAAUCACAGUAUCAAUGAAAAUGAAUAGUAGCGAGGCUGAUACCCAAUCACCAGGCUACUAUGGGUUAACUUGUCUGUUAUAUCCAAUCAGACAAGUAUUCUUUAAGUAGACACUGCUUAUAAUCAAUUACAGUAUCAAAUAAUAUAAUAGUCACAACUCAUAAUCAAUUGCUAUGACUUAUUAUUAACUUCAGGAUCGCGGAUCGUCGGCGACUUACAUGGACAGCAAACAAUAACACUUCACUGCGUUAAACAAGCGGCACAUUUUAUUUAACCCACAGUAUAAAGUGUACAAGCAAACAAGCAACAAUUGUAUUUCAGCUCAUAGAUUACAUGCAAUAACAUAAAUCUCAUUACCGUGUGCUGGAAGGACGGAGAGCCGGGCGUCCUCAGUAAUAGUGAGCGAAGAAAUACCAAGGCUGGGCGACCGCGCGUAAUCCCACAGCGGACUCUAACCCUACCUGCCCCCGUCGCUUCUUUAUAACAAGUAUCGCGCCUCGUAACUUCCCCUCCCGUUCGAGUUUCACACGGCUUCGGAGAAUGUUUGGAUCUCCCUUAGACGUUUCGCACGGUUUACGGCCUUCGAGAAUCCUUACUCCCCUUUUGAUUUUGCGGUCAGGCUGUACCUUGCAGCUUGAUAAGGUUGAGAAUAACACAUUCCCUUCGCACGGUUUGAUGAGAAAACAUGUUAUGUUCACUAUUUUGCGGAAAACAUGUUAUGUUCACUAUUUUGCGGUAUCGGCGGUACCUUGCUCCCCUUUUCGCAUGAGUCAGCUUGAUAAGGUUGAAAACAAUUACCUUGCAGCUUGAUGUCAGUUGAUGAGGUUAAAAACAACAUUCCUUUAUAUAAGGCUUUGGGGCCUUGUCUUACAUUCCACUCCUGGUGUUUUAAACCAAAUCAACUCUAAUUUAUUAAUCCUACUGCAUAAUGUCUCCAAUUUUGCUGAAUCCAUUGAAACCAGGGAUCCCCCCGCAAAUUAGCAUAAUGAUGGUCGGCUACUAUUUCAUACACCGCGGCUAUAAGCAUAUUUACACGGUCAGGGUGUCGCUCUAUACGGCGAUAAAAGAAUCCACCCCUCAUAUCUUGGUAGUCCAAGAUAUGCCCCCCUUCUUCAGUAGUUAUAGUUACUACGCAUGCAUCUACCCCGUCUAAGUCUAUUGUUUCUACCAGUCCCCUCAUAAUUCUAACUGAUGCCGGGCAACCUGGUCCUCUAGACGUUUGACGUAGCAACAAAUUCCAAUAUUACAUAGCAUAGUCAAAGCAAUAGCUAUUAAGACCAAAAUCAUUGGUGGAAGCAAUGUUACCCUAGCAGUUUGUGAUAAUCCUGAAAAUAUGUCCCACCAAUGAUGAGCAGAUUGUUGCUGAAUAAUUUUAGCAGCAUGCAAAAUUUCUCCUUUAGCCAUCAAUGUUGAUACCAUCAGUUGGGAAACAUUGGACGCAUGUGACUUAAUAAAUUUUUUUAUCUCAGUGGAUUGUUCCAAUGCGCAUUUGAAACGCUCCAAAGAGAUUUGCCAUGGUGUACGUAACACUUCCCAUUGCACAGCCGUAAACCGGCUAGCAACUGUGUAAUUUGUCAACCAAUACGUCCCGUUUCCCCACUGAAAGAAACGAACAUUACAUAGGCAUCCUACAAAUGGAACCGUUGGCAACAUGGAGUGAUUUUGGGCAGUGGCCACACAAAGGGUAUGUGGUCCUACCUGCCACAAAAUGUCCCUACUAGGUUCCCUUGACCAAUCGCAUAAGGCGAAGUCUACUUUUGUUAAGCAAGGAUUAACAAACUCAUGAUGCAAUUUACAAGCUAGUCCUUUAUCUGUGUUUUCGCAAAGAUCGGUAUUAAAGGUUUGGUUCGUUCCCGAAUUAAACCAUUCACCUUCCACAUGCAAAAACCAAUAGCCUAGUUCAGUUAUUACGGGUAAUACCUGGAAUUUACAUACGGUAACGUUUGAGGUUACGGUGUAUUGUGUCCAAUAUCCCCUACAUUCGGUCGCAUUACAAACCGUAUAUUCCGAAUGUAACUGUAACCAUAACUCCGAAGAUAUAUUCCAACUCGUACGCCACUCCUGAUAAUUUCCCGUAGUCAUUGUUCGUAUAAAACGUUCCUUCUGCGCCUGUGCAUGUAGGUAUUGUAUGCUACAUGUGGUCCAGUUUAGCUGUUUAGUCACGUUGGUUAAAACACUGCUAGUGGCGUUCCAUAUAUUCAGUUCCCAUUUAAAUACGUCCUGCCAUAAUUUAGCAUUUUCUUUUUGUCCCACUAUUGAAUUAGGAAGCCACAUUCCUACUUUUAGUAGGGCAUCAUGAGUUCCCUGUCCGGUUCCAGCUAAUUUAUAUCGCGUUACCUCAUUAUCAAUGGUAUUGGAUACCCCCAAUAACGUUCCCGUUCCCCCUAACAACGUGUCAUACCACUCUCUCUUCCUCCGAGCACACGAUGGAAAAACAGGGAAUACAACUUUCCAGUGCAUUUUCGUAGUUAUCACUGAUUGUGUCAAAGGUGUACAUGUAUCAAUUAUAGGUGUUAAUACUUCUUGUGUUGCAUCCCACAUCCCUUUAUCCCAUGACAAUUGUGCUAAGAAUAAAGACGACGCUUCUUCAUGAGGCGCGAUAGAUGUGGGCAUCCAAAGCCCUACGGUCGAGAGACCGUGCGCAAUGUCACUUCCGGUGUUAGACAACAUAGUUCUGGUGACUUCUCCAUCAAUCGUGUUAGAGAUGCUUAACACGGUUCCGGUUCCACCCAGAAGGGUGUCGUACCAUGCACGCUGUUUCCGUGCGGCACAUGUGGGGAAAGGGGGAAACAAGACGAUCCAGUGAAUCUCCGUGUGCGUUUUCUUCAAUCUGGGGACAAAGGGGGCAAACAAGGGGGCAAAGGGACCAGAAGGGGGAUCCAAAGGAACAGGAGCAAUUCAUCCGAUCCCUCGAACUUCCGUGCUGUUCGAGAUCCAUAGGUCAGACGUGACCUCGGUCAUCCACUCAGUGCCAUUGCGUGAGUGACACGUUUUGUUGUCGAGAUGCCACAGACCGACCGACAGGUGUUUCAGACGUGACCGUGAUGAGGCAUCCUGCAGCCACCAUGGGAGCCCUGCGAACCCUUCCUGUAUUGUUGACUCCUGGGGUGCAAGGGGGGGGGGGUCCAGAGGAGCAGGGACGACCUUCCUUGGACACCGGACUCCCCGAGCGUCCUCCACCAUGCAGAGCCGUAGCGAUCUCCCAGUAGAUGUCCCAAUAAACCGCCUCCACAUCACAUUAUCAAUUGUCAGGCUGGAAGAAGCAGAAGAGAUUUCAAACGCUUCGGACCAGACACAUUUUUGUAUCAAUUUUUCCCGUCAGAUUUCACAAUAAACGGUUCUGAAGUCAAAUUGUAUAUUACAGCCCCCAAUUCGCCUUGAUAAUCAGCAUCAAUAACCCCCAGCAAGUAUAGUUACCCCUUUAAGUGACAAUCCAGAUCUAGGUAAACCCGGAGUAGCUCGAACAGGUAACUCGGCGGUUUCUGCAAUCUUAUAAGUUGUCCUGUAUGUCUUCCACUCACAUUCCCUGGCUAAAUGUACCCUUUGAUGGCACAAAAAGCAUCUUCUUUCUAACAUCGCAAAGUCAAAAUCGUAGUCAAAAUCGUUAUAAUUAUUUCCGCUUGGCGAAGCGCCAAUAUUCACUUCUCUCUCCAAAUUGUUCACUUCCGUCUUUUGUAAUUUACUGUAAUUACAUACAUUAUAAAUUUUGCUGUGGUCACUCAUUACAAAAUUGGCCACUAUUCCACGUGACGACAAAAUCUAGAAUUGUCUAUUAGCCACUGACAUCACAGCCGAACAAAGACAGCCAAAUUCCAUCAGCAUGCGAUCCAAAAGCCGUAAGCCUAGACAAUAUUUCGUAUCUUCAAAAUUCCUUAAGAAAAAAUUUCAAAUUCAAAUUAUCAAUAAAGAAACUCAUGACAGUCAAAUUCAAGUUGUCAAUAAAGCAACUCAUGACAGUGUUCAAGUUAUCAAUAAAGCAACUCAUGACAGUAAGUGUACAUUAUUAACCCUUAAGUUGCCAAUACCACACCUCAACUGUUACAGCUGCAUCAAGGUGAAUAAUCACUUUAUCACUGUUCCCAUUAACAUAAUUUGUCAACACUAUCAAUAAUCCUUGUUGUUUUGAACUUCUGGGCGGGAACUGGAAUACCGUCAUCUGUUGAUCAGGCAGAUGCUGGCAUGCAGCUGUCCCCACCCUCAGUCAUAUUCGAUUAAUCAGUUAAUCAAAUGUCUAAACACAGUUUAAUCCAUGAGCUUGUUGAUAAUUAAAUUAAUUACCCUUAACAUUCUAUAAGUUUCAAUGGAGCUCAACAAUCUAUUCUCAUCUCUAAUGAAAUUCCAUUUCAAAAUCAUUUUUGUUUUACCUGUUUUCCCAAUUUGUUUCUCAAUUUUAUCCUAAAUAAUAUAAGGAAAAGGCUGGAAUAUUCCCAGCUGCAAUUACAACCUCCCCUUAUAAUCAAUUUGGGCAAAAACCCAGCGAAUGCCGUCGAGGACCCCAUGUUGCAAAUAGGGGCCACCGAAGGGCCGCACUCCUCAUGUUGAAAAACGUUCCCUUCUUCCCAUUUUGCGCAGUAAACGGUCAGCUAUUCACACACGAUCCCACGCAAAAAAUCAAUCAGUCACGCGACAAUAACUACAAUUAUACACACACAAUAAACGUUCAACUAUUACACAUGAGCCUCGCAAAAAAGAAUCAUGACGCGACGCAGCCUCACGUUCAGUCACACAAUAACAACCAUCCCCAAUGGCUUAUCAUACAGGACAGCACAAUUUCAAAUACAAAUCAGAAUUACCGUACAUUCUACCAGUGGCUCACACCAGACCAAACAUAAAAAACAUACAAUUUGAGGUCAAUGACGAACUAACUGUCAACACAGAUCCACAGAAAUUCCUAUUUAUCUGACGUCAUGUGUAGUACAAUCCCCUAACGAAUCCACGUAUCGGGACGAUCAUCGCAUCCGCGCAAACACGACGCAAUUCCAUUCCACGGUUCUUUUUCCCAACGAGGAGUUACGAUCUUUCCAUGCUUCUGCACAAAUCCACCUCAUUUUUCGUACACCCCCUAAAGGCGCUCUUUUUCGGACCACAACCUGAGUCAGUAAAUCUUUGACUGACGUCAGGCUGGCCCCUGUUGUCAUGUUAACCCACGGACCAGGGCGUCCCCCAUUCCGCGUUAACAAUUUCCCCAAUUUCUCUAUACUCAUGACUGUCCCACCCCGGCACUCCCGAGACGCAGUCAGCAGAAUUCCCAAUUUCUCUAUACUCAUGACUGUCCCACCCCGGCACUCCCGAGACGCAGUCAGCAGAACCCCCUUCGGGUUCAUCCAAAGUUUUACUCUUACUCAAACAACAAGCCAUGUCCAAGUCGCAGUUCUCCGGAAAUCCUGUCCACCGUGACCUCAAAAUUGUUUUGAAAUUUUCCAGGUUCGCAGUGAGUAAGCAACAGGCACACUUUUGCUUAAUAGACAAUGUUUAUUAAUUCCGCAAUUUCUGAAACAUCGCUAUUCUGUUACGUCUCACUCAGUAUUACUUUGAAAUUUCCGGUCCCUUCCGGUCCCCGCGCUAUACCGUUUCACGCGUUCGACAGCGUUCAGUGUCACCAUGAACGUCUUAUAGUCGUUCAGCGUCGCCCCGCUAUUCACUCCCACCUCUCUGGCUUGGCUGGGCCGCGAACCCGCGCGCCGACGACACUUCCCGCGCUACUGAUAACGCUAAACCAAAAAUAUACCGGAAUGUUCACUCAAUUUAUCGAGUAAUACGUAAAUCCCAAAACAACACAAUCCCAGUAUUACUCAAGUCAAUUUACCAAACAACAAAUUCUCAGUAUUACUUAAUUACAAUGACCAAUUUCAAUCAAUACUAAUCAAUUUAUCAAUACUAUUGAUCCUGUCCGUGACGCCAUAAAUGUUUUGAAACAAUUCUGAUACUGCUUAUGAUCAAUCACAGUAUCAAUGAAAAUGAAUAGUAGCGAGGCUGAUACCCAAUCACCAGGCUACUAUGGGUUAACUUGUCUGUUAUAUCCAAUCAGACAAGUAUUCUUUAAGUAGACACUGCUUAUAAUCAAUUACAGUAUCAAAUAAUAUAAUAGUCACAACUCAUAAUCAAUUGCUAUGACUUAUUAUUAACUUCAGGAUCGCGGAUCGUCGGCGACUUACAUGGACAGCAAACAAUAACACUUCACUGCGUUAAACAAGCGGCACAUUUUAUUUAACCCACAGUAUAAAGUGUACAAGCAAACAAGCAACAAUUGUAUUUCAGCUCAUAGAUUACAUGCAAUAACAUAAAUCUCAUUACCGUGUGCUGGAAGGACGGAGAGCCGGGCGUCCUCAGUAAUAGUGAGCGAAGAAAUACCAAGGCUGGGCGACCGCGCGUAAUCCCACAGCGGACUCUAACCCUACCUGCCCCCGUCGCUUCUUUAUAACAAGUAUCGCGCCUCGUAACUUCCCCUCCCGUUCGAGUUUCACACGGCUUCGGAGAAUGUUUGGAUCUCCCUUAGACGUUUCGCACGGUUUACGGCCUUCGAGAAUCCUUACUCCCCUUUUGAUUUUGCGGUCAGGCUGUACCUUGCAGCUUGAUAAGGUUGAGAAUAACACAUUCCCUUCGCACGGUUUGAUGAGAAAACAUGUUAUGUUCACUAUUUUGCGGUAUCGGCGGUACCUUGCUCCCCUUUUCGCAUGAGUCAGCUUGAUAAGGUUGAAAACAAUUACCUUGCAGCUUGAUGUCAGUUGAUGAGGUUAAAAACAACAUUCCUUUAUAUAAGGCUUUGGGGCCUUGUCUUACAAUCGUUUGGAGCCCAGCACAUCGGAGCGUUAUGAGAGGUUGGAAAGGCGAAGAGUGCACGCUGAAACUUCUGUUUUCUCUGCUCUUACAAACACGAGCCCGAGUGUUGUUGUGAAAAGUCAAUAAAAUAUGAAUACCAAAACAUGACUUGAACAACUUCUUGACAAACUGUAACUGCUUGUUGUUUACUUCAGGUCUUCAUAAUAAACAGGUGUAAUAAUUACAAAGUCAGGUGACUUAAUUUUGUUAUUCUAUUUGGAAUAUGCAUUGACAAUUUUUGGACAGUGUUGUAGACAAGAACUGGGACUGAUAAGUUGUAAUAAAUUUAUUUCAAGUAAUGCAAUUUCUCCAAUACGAUAUUUGAAUUGACAGUUUGAAAUUUUUAAAUUAGUGCAAACAAGGCCCACCCUCUGACGGGGGCAGCAAAUAUUAUAUAAUAAAUCAUAAGUAAUACACAAAUACAAGAUUACAAUAAAUGUGUCUUUGUCAAAGCAGUUUAAAACACUAUUUACUGGCCUUGGGUAAAUUGCCAGACAGAAUAAAUAUGUGCUUUAAAGUUCUUGCAUUUCCAUUUUAAGUAUUGCAAGUACUAGUCUCCAACACAGUAUUUGAACUGACAAUUUAAAAUCCUUUUAGUACAAAAUGGCCCACACUCUGGCAGGGGGCAGCAAAUAUUAUAAUACAUCAUAUAAUACAUUAUAAAAAGCUAUAUACUAUAUAAAUACAAGAUCACAACAAAACCUGUAUUUUUCAAAGCAUUUAAAAAACAUCCAGUGGCCUUAGGUAAAUAAAGGUGUAUAAAUAUGUACAUUUCUAUUUUAGGUAUUGCAACUUUUCCAACACUAUUUGAAUUGACAGUCUAAAGUCUACAUUAGUGCAAAUAAUAUUAUAAAUUAAAAAUAAUAAUAUAUAAAUUCAACAUUACAAUGAAACGUGUCUUUGUCAAAGUGGUUAAAAAAAAAAACACUUCAUUGGCCUUAGUUAAAUAGCCAGGCAGAAUAAAUAUGUGCAUUAAAGUUCUCAUUUUCACAAGUUAAAAGCCCGCAGUUUAUUGACAAGAAGGGCAGACCCAGAUGGCGUCUGCUGCAGGGGCUUGUUUGAGUCCGACACAGGACAAAUGGAACCACUCCAUUGAACAAAUUUUCUUUGUCAAAUGAUCCGAGAGAUGGUGACCAAUCGGGAUGUGUUGUCAGCAGGUUUACCUAGGAACACAACAGGUAGGUGAGUCGUAGUAGGUGAGCAUUGCUACCGAGGCAGAUUUACACAACGGUGUAAAAAAACAAAAACGUAUUGAAACCAAAAGGAGAUAAAUCGUUCAACUUACAAGAGUAGAGAUGACAGGAACACACUCUCAUUCCAGCAGAAAUAUGAUCAUAAGAAAUGCUUUUCCGACGAACCGCUGCAAUCCAGCCAUCCGUCGUACCUUCGUGAUCUGAUAUUUGGUCCUCCAUGCAGGAAAACGGUGAAAAGUGAGUUCAUUUUUCCUAACCCCUUUUCUUGUCGCUGUUGCACCCGGUAACGCAACAAUAAGCACCCAUAUUUUCUUUCUAAAACACCGAAAGAGUUAGCUUAGCACUACCACACGUUACAAUCCGCAUUGAGUCUGCCGGACCGGAAGUGAAUCAUAUUACCAGCAUGGGGGCGCGUCCAAACAAUGACGUAGUACGUCCCAUUCCCUAUACGGUAGAACUUCAAGUCUCUCCGUCUAUCUUCUCUGUUAUUGCAACCAACCGCCACACACACCUUCACCAUUUUGAUUAUUAAUGUUAACGAGCAGAAAAACACGCCAUAAUAGGAGGAAUUUACGUAGCGGUAAUGCUUCUACACGACGAGUUGGCGGACAAUAUGGCGCGGAGGCGUGGUUGUGACGUCACGUGAGUAGGGUCUAUAGACCCCACUCACGUGAUGUCACAACUCUGCCCCCCUGACUGGUUCCGCCAUAUUAUCCGUCAGCCCGUCGUGUUUACAUAUUACCGCUCUGUUCAUUCCUAUUACUGAGUGUUUUUCUGCUUGUCUAAGGAAUCACCGCCUAGUAAACGAACCCAAAAACCUUCCUGCCAAUCGUUAACAAUGAUUGAUCUGACUGAUUAAUCAAAAUGGUGAAGGCAUGUGCGGCGGUUGGUUGCUGUAACAAAGAAGAUAAACGGUCAUUUUAGAAGUUGCUGUGUGCCCAUUGUUAAAAGGGCAAAUCUCUAAAGCAGCACAGUUUGUUUAUCUCGGUCCAUGAUGCGUUUGUGUCGACACCUGUCAGACAGCGGCGAAAACAUCAAUAUGAUGCCAACACGAUCGCAGACAUCAUCAGACUGAGACUACGAAGCUCAUUGCCACGGUCACGUAGCAAGAAGGUGAGCGCAACAACAGGUGUUGUGCCGAAAAAUAGCCGCCCUGCGUGAAAUGUCCCCCCUGACGGGCGCGCCCACACGGAAACGACUUUCUUGUACCGUGAAUAUGUAUUAUUUUACUCGAACUAAUAAAUGUCAUACCUUUGUGAUUGUAAUCGGGAUAUGGUCGUGAAAACCUGUAGACUAAUACAUUUCUGUUCAAAGAUGGUUAUGUGGCCCAGUCCACGAUUUGUUACUAAAAUACAGUACUAAUAUUUUGUGUAAUUUAAUUAUUUAAAACUGAUCUUACAGUCGUAAAUUCAUUACUGUAAUGCGUCCAUAUAGCGUUAUAAAUAAGCACUCCCGUCAGUGGGGACAUUUCACGCGGGGCAGCUAUUUUUCGGCACACACCGGCUCGUUGUCGAUCAAGUUUCAUUUUACAGUCGUGACAACGGUGACGCUCAGCUGACCAAAUGUCGGUUAUAUUUGGGCCGAUGCCGAUUUUGGGUACCCGACUCCUCAUCGUGACAUAAACUGGAAUAUGAUUGGAAAUUUUGUGGUCUCAGGACGAGCUCUGACGCACGGGACGGGACCGGAUGGGAGGAAACAUCGGUUUGGGCAUCAAAUAUGGAUCUGGCGACUGGAUCGACCGAAGCUUUUCCAAAUAACUGCUUUUAUGCAACUCACCCAAUGAGUUUAUAGCGUCUGAAAGCACCGGGGCUUCCAUAAUUUGCAAGUGAAUCCACCUUUAGAAACUACUACCAUUGACAAUACGACACAAUGACGGACAAUAUGGCGGCACAAUACAGCGAUCACGUGAUUGUGUGACGUUGGUGAUUGGGGUCUAUAGCCUUAUACAUGAACUGGCCUCUUUGAAAAUGAACCAAGUCUGUGACUUUUAAUGUUCAGGAUUUUAAAAAUAAUAUAUUAGUAUGAUCCCUAUCACCAGCAUUAUGUAUUCUUAUGGCUCAUUUUUGCUAAAUGGAUAGUGAUUUUAUUGUACUGUACAUUUCUAAGUGUUACUCCAGACCUCUGCACAGUAGUGUAAAUAUGGCAGGAUUAGAGAACAGUAAAGAAUGUGGAGUGAUUUAUUGUCAAGACUGUGUUUGGCAUUAUUCAGGACAGAUAUAAUACAUUUAUAUGUGUCUUGCUUUCCAGUUAAUCUUCUCAUCAAUAACUACCCAAAGAAACUUGUUUUAAUAGACCCCUUUCAGUAUUCACCCCAUCUAUAUGUAUCUGUACUUGACUCUAUUGUGUCUGCUAAAUAACAUGAAUGUGGUUUUACUUAAGUAAUGAAAAAUUGUUUCUAUCAAACCAUGCUUUUAGCUUACAAAUUUCAUCAGAAACCCUCCCUUGGAGCUCAUGCACCCCCAAGAGCGCAAAAGAUACUUGUGGCAUCUGCAAAUAAAACUAAUUUUAGUAUUAUUGAAACUUUGCGUGUAUCAUUUGUUUAAAGAAUAAACAGUUUUCGACCUAAUACUGAACCCUGGGGGACGCCACAAGCAGUGUCCAAGCAUGAUGAUGAAUAGUUUCUCUCUUCUACCAGUGUAGUGCCACCCCCCUGAUCCCAUACUCUUCAAGUUUAUUGAUCAAAAUGUCAUGAUUAAUAGGGUGAAAUGGUUUCUUAAGAUCUAAGAACAUUCCAACUGAGUGUAAUUUGAGCGUUACUGAUCUCCUCAACCGAUUCAGUUAAAGCGUGUGAUGUUGAACUGUCCGACAUCUUGACUGUCGGAAAGUCAUAUUUACUUAUGAAUUUAUCUAAUCUGUUGUUGAAUAAUUUUCAAGAAUUUUGGAAAAUUGUGGAAGUAGAGAAACAGGACUGUAAUUUGUGAAGUGGUGCAUAUCUCCAGUCUUGUAUAAUGGCACUACUUGAGCUAUUUUCUUUAUGUUUGGAAAUUUAUCUGUUGAAAAUGAUAAGUUACAGAUAUACAGUAUGUUAGUGGUUUUGAAAUCCCCUCAGUGACCUUUUUCACAACUGUCAUGUCAAUGACAUUUAAAUGAGUCAGUGUAUGUUUUGCAUUUACAUGUAUUUUCAGUAUCAAUUAUUUCUUCUUCCACCCCUGCUGUAAUCAACAUUGAGCUGGGAUUCCUUUCAAUGAGGUUUUCAUUCCACGCCUCAGAUAAACUUGCAACUGGAAAUUUUUUUUUGCCAGAUUUGGUCCAACAUUUACAAAGAAAUCAUUGAAGCUGCUGACGAUGUCAUCCAUAUUGUCCUAGGGUGACCAUAUUUUGAUUUCCAAAAAAGAGGACACUCAGCCCGACCUCAAGAUACUUGAAUUUUACUCGUAGUUCACUCAAAGAUGCCUAUAUCACUUUAAUAUAUUUAAAGUGUGCCCCCUCACUCUGGAUGGAAAAAUGCAGUUUGAAAAACAUAAAUAAAUAAUGACUUAAAAAGAAUAAAAUAAAAAAAAUGGGGAUUUUACAAUCAGAGCUCCGACAGAAGUCAACA